CCCCCCCCACCCGCGGCGCCGGGCUCCCGCCGGCGGGCCGCCGAGGGCUGAGCGAGCCCGCCUCCGGCCCCGCGGGGGCCGGCCGUGAGGGAGCCCGACCCCGCGGCAGCCCGCGGGAGGGAAACACCUCUCUGCUCCGCGCCGCCGGCGAGGCAGCCUGCGUGAGGGGCUGCCGCUGCCCAGCGGAGCCACAGCCGGGCGGGCGGCAGCGGGCCACCGCGGGCCGCCGCCAUGGAGAGGACCCCCAUCCCGGUGUUGACGGUGCAGACGGCGCCCUACGAGGACCAGCGGCCGACGGGCGGCGGAGGGCUGCGGCGGCCCACGGGGCUCUUCGAGAGCCAGCGCAACUACCUGCCCAACUUCGUGCAGAGCCUCCUCUCCUCCGUCGAUCUCCGCGACCGCCAGGGCUGCACCAUGGUGGUGGGCAGCGACGGCAGGUACUUCAGCAAGACGGCCAUCGAGAUCGUCGUCCAGAUGGCCGCGGCCAACGGGAUCGGCAGAUUGGUUAUUGGGCAGAACGGUAUCUUAUCCACACCUGCUGUUUCAUGUAUCAUCCGAAAGAUCAAAGCAGCUGGUGGCAUUAUUCUAACAGCUAGCCACAGUCCUGGGGGACCUGGAGGAGAGUUUGGAGUCAAGUUUGAGGUUGCCAAUGGAGGACCUGCUCCAGAUAUAGUUUCAGAUAAAAUCUAUCAAAUCAGCAAAACCUUGGAGGAGUAUGCCAUUUGUCCCGAUCUCAGAGUUGAUUUAUCACGCAUAGGAAGACAAGAAUUUGAUCUGGAGAACAAAUUCAAACCUUUCAGAGUGGAAAUUGUGGAUUCUGUGGAUAUCUACCUCAAUCUCCUGCGAAGUAUCUUUGACUUCAAUGCGAUCAGAAAUUUGCUGACUGGACCCAACCAGAUUAAAAUAAGGAUUGAUGCCAUGAAUGGAGUUAUGGGACCUUAUGUGAGAAGAAUCCUGUGUGAUGAAUUGGGAGCUCCUGCAAAUUCUGCCAUAAACUGUAUUCCUCUGGAGGAUUUUGGUGGACAGCCUCCUGAUCCCAAUUUAACAUAUGCAACUGCCUUGCUGGAGGCUAUGAGAGGUGGAGAGUAUGGAUUUGGAGCUGCUUUUGAUGCUGACGGAGACCGCUACAUGAUCCUUGGCCAAAAUGGUUUCUUUGUUAAUGCAUCGGAUUCGCUGGCUAUCAUUGCUGCCAAUCUGUCUUGCAUUCCAUACUUCUGUCAGAUGGGUGUCCGAGGAUUUGGUAGGAGCAUGCCUACCAGCACAGCCCUGGACAAAGUGGCAAAAGUAAUGAAGGUUCCUGUGUAUGAGACACCAACAGGAUGGAGAUAUUUUUCCAACCUCAUGGACUCUGGACGUUGCUCACUUUGUGGAGAGGAAAGCUUUGGCACUGGUUCUGAUCACCUUCGAGAGAAAGAUGGACUAUGGGCUGUGCUAGUUUGGCUUUCAAUCCUAGCAGCUCGAAAGCAGAGUGUGGAGGAGAUUGUCAGGGAUCACUGGACAAAAUUUGGCCGACACUACUACUGCAGGUUUGAUUAUGAAGCACUGGAGCCCAGAACAGCAUAUUUCAUAAUGAGAGACCUGGAAGCUUUGAUCACUGACAAAUCAUUCAGCCAUCAGCAGUUUGCUGUGGGUAACAAUAUCUACAGUGUGGAAAGAACGGACAGCUUUGAGUACAUAGAUCCUGUGGAUGGCACUGUGACCAAAAGACAGGGACUGCGGAUUAUUUUUUCAGAUGCUUCCAGGCUCAUCUUCAGAAUGAGUGCUUCUAGCCAUGUGAGAGCUACUCUCCGGAUCUAUGCAGAGAGUUAUGAAAAGGAUCCUAGCCAACACAAUAAGGAACCACAGGCUGUGCUGAGUCCUCUUAUAGCAAUCGCACUGAAAAUAUCUCAGAUUCAUGAGAGGACAGGGCGAAAGGGACCCACUGUCAUCACCUGAAGCCAUGGAAGAUUGUUAAACCAGGGCCAAAAGAGGAACAGCAAGGAAGAGACAGAACCUUGCUGAAACAUGUUAGCCAUUUGUGCCUUGUAUGAUUUAAAAGUUUUCUUGGGGAUAGAGGUAGAGUGGGAAGAAAAAUUCAAUAUAAUAUUGAGCAUAUUCAUUUGCCUUGAUCUCCGAAUACGAUAGUAUAUUGACUUCUUUGUUUUACCUGCAAUAUCUUAAUUUCAUAUAACAGUAUAACCAAAGAAAGAGGCCUUAACCUUCAAAUGUUGUCAGCAAUGUAACAGAAAAGGAAAACUGCUUGGUUUUGAAUGCUGUGAUCGAGGUUGGGGAAAUUUCAGUUAGGGAGAGACUGGGAGGAGUUGCAAAGCAAAGACAUGCUUGGUGAAUAUUGUUUGGGAUCCUUGUCACCUUCUUGUUGUUUUACAGAGACAUACACGGAGCAUGUCUGAGGUGUAAGGGCUGUGUACUAGGCUUUGAAAAGGGUGUGUUUCCUCACCUGACACCACUCCUCCUCUCCAGACUCUCCCGUUGCUCACAGAUGCACGCUGGCAGCAGUGUUGUGUACACACUUGCACAUGCUCCCAAAGAAGGGGUUAUGUCAUAUUUUUUUUACCCCUGCUUUUAACGCAUAUCAAUGUGAUUUGUGCCUUUAGAUUUUCCUGAUUUUUUGACUCUUUGUGGUUUUUUCCUCCAAAGGGAGGCAUUUGUGCUAUAGAAGCUGAUUGUGUCCUUCCAGCAAUAUGUCGGGUGUGGAAUCUGGCUGUCUUUUGCAAUAUUCCUCAUGUCAACAGAUGAUAUUGGUGCUUACUGUGUUUGGAAGGUAAUCACUGCAAGUUCAGCAGUUUUUCAUGAAGGAGUUAUUACGGAAGUUUUUAAAUCUUUGGAAUACUCACACUCCACUUUAGCACAAAGUGGUAAGUGAAGUGUGUAGUAAAGAGGAAAUGAAAACAAACGCUAGUGCAUUAAAUAGAAAUACUUGUCUGAUUCACCAGCUGGAUGCAGUUUCUGUUAGAUUCUGUGUGACAGUGGAUCAUGGAAUAAAAAUUUGGGGAGUGCAAAGGGAGAGGAGACAUCCCGGCAUAGAUCUGAGAAGGAUAUUGGGGAUAUGGACAUCAGCAUUUUUCUGCUUGUGAAAUGAUACUGCAGUUCUAGCUACAAUGCUGUGCUCUGAAGAAGAACACAAACACUUUAUGCAUGUGAGUUGUUUGAAAGCUUUGCUUCCUUGGGAACAGUGUGGUCACUUGUAUCAUGUGUCAAGGUGGCUUUGUGCAACUUGCCUCUUUGCAGUGUGUUUCAAUACAUUGUGGUUGUCAAUUUUUAGUGCAAUUUAUAUAAUAUUACAGCAAAGUAAAUUGUUUUGAUUUCUUUCAACACUUCUGUCAAAAAUUGCUAUGGCACUUAGUACACAAUAAAGAGUAAUGCUGUA